UCCAUCAUUUCACCGUUUAGUCUGCCGGUCCUCUGACUUCACCAACCUGAACUAAUUAGUCCCACUGCGACAGGACAACAUGCUAAGUUUACAUUUUACUCAUUUCAUGAGGUCGGGCAGAUUUGGUUUGUCGUGAUCAUCACCAAAAACAUAAUGAUGGACUCAGAAGUGUAAGAAAAGACAUCCUUGAAUGAUAAAACUGCAGCACAAAGUCAUCUACUACCAGCUAUUAGUGAUGUCAGGUUUUGUAAGGAUGGGAGCAUCAGGGAGUUCCACCUCUGAGAGUCGAGGGUUGUUUACCUGUGUGGGUGUUUUUCCUGACCAACUGACUGGAGGAGGCUGACGUUUACCUGCCUCUGUAUUUAAAAACAUCUCUGAUACUCUGAAGAUCUAUAAACAACAAGAUUUUCCCAUUUAGUUAAUAAAGGUGGACUCAGGCAGCUGUUCCUAUGGGAACUGAGGUGGAAAAGAUAAAAAUGCGUCAAGUUGAGUCAGUGGAUAGACCGGAUGUCAAAAUAAAAUCAAGAAACAAACCUGCCAUGUUUGCUCUGAUGGAGCUGAUUCACUAAAACAUGAUCAAAUAGUUUCACUAUUUCUACUAACUUCUUUCUUUAUCUUUUGGCUAUGUUCCUUUGUUUCGUCUCUGAACUGUAUUCUGUGAUAUUUUGUGUACUUUUACAUUUCAUUUUGAUAUAACAUGCUUUAAAAGCAGUUUACUAAUUUGGGGAUUUUAAAGCUUCUGAACUUCUCCUGUUAUGUGCUGAAUUAUACAUACUCCAUUUAAAAUAAUGACGAAUCAACAGUGGUGGAAAAUAAAGUACAUUUACUCAAGUAAUGUUCGUAAAUACAAUUGUGAGGUUCUUGUACUUGAGUAUAUUAUUUUCUGCUACUUUAUUCUCUUCUCAUACUCUAUAUCAGAUGAAAGUAUUUCCCUCUUCACCCUAAAGAAAAUAUUUGAUAACUGGUUACUUUGCAGAUUUGAGAUUAAUUAUUUGAGAUAUAUUCAAAUAAAUAUGGUAAUAUAAAAUUAAAACUAGUUUCGCGUUUACCGGCAGCUGCACAUUAAUGCAGCCAAUGCUCGACUCUUACUUAAAUUGAGAUUUUUGAAAGCAGGAUUUGCUCAUUUUGCGUUUUAUUUUGAAGGCUUGGCCGGAUGUGCUGGUUUAUUCUAUUUGCCUUGACUCUUUCUAAACCUGACGCUUCUCGUGUCCUUACGGACAGUCGAGCUGUGAUCGUCCACCUCGUCGUGUUUGGAAGAAGCAGCAGCUCCUCUGACUGAACAUCUGCGAACAUUUUCACUCAAAAGGCUGCAGAGACCGUCCUUGCCUCCUGGGACCCUCCUGGAAAAGUGUCCUCACCUUCGGAUGUCUGCCGCUCCAGCCUGAGGAUGGAGAAGUACGAGAAGAUUGGAAAGAUCGGAGAGGGCUCCUACGGCGUCGUCUUCAAGUGCAGAAACAAAGACAACGGGCAGAUCGUCGCCAUCAAGAAGUUUGUGGAGUCGGAGGACGAUCCGAUUAUCAAAAAGAUUGCACUGAGGGAGAUCAGGAUGCUCAAGCAACUGAAACACGCCAACCUGGUGAAUCUGAUCGAGGUGUUUCGGCGUAAACGUAAGCUUCACCUCGUGUUCGAGUACUGCGACCACACGGUGCUCAACGAGCUGGACCGGCAUCCCCGAGGAGUCCCGGAGCACCUUGUAAAAAGUAUAACCUGGCAGACACUUCAAGCUGUCAACUUCUUUCACAAACAAAAUUGCAUUCACAGAGACGUCAAGCCGGAAAAUAUUCUCAUCACCAAACACCAAGUCAUCAAACUCUGUGACUUUGGCUUUGCAAGGAUUCUCACCGGCCCAUGUGACUACUACACGGACUACGUGGCGACUCGUUGGUACCGGGCUCCCGAGCUGCUGGUGGGAGACACUCAGUACGGCCCUCCGGUGGACGUUUGGGCGAUCGGCUGCGUGUUCGCCGAGCUGCUGUCGGGGAUGCCACUGUGGCCCGGGAAGUCUGACAUGGAUCAGCUGUACCUGAUCAGAAAGACUCUCGGAGAUCUGAUCCCUCGACACCAGCAGGUCUUCAGCAACAACCAGUUCUUCUGUGGAGUUUCCAUCCCAGAGCCACAAGAGAAGGAACCUCUGGAGCAGAAAUAUCCAAAUCUCUCACAUCAAGCUCUGAGUCUCAUGAAGGGCUGUCUGAGGAUGGACCCGUCCGAGCGGCUGACCUGUGAGCAGCUCCUCCAGCAGCCGUACUUCGACAGCCUGCGAGAGAAGAGCUCCAGUACCUCUCGAGAGCAAGACCGCUCCAGCAACAGGAGGACACGUUUACCUCGCAAACACCUUCCUCCCGGGUAUUUGCCACAGCUGACCAGCAGCAGCAUCUUCCCAGUUUUGGACAAUAAGAAGUACUACAACAACCUCCGCAAAUUCAACUAUCACCUCCCCAACAUCUAAACUGGAGCUGGAUCGAACCCUCCCAACACCAGCAACAAGCAGCGUUCCCUGAGAACUGCACAUUCUCGUAGCACCUUGGGUUUUUUUUUUUUUAAGGAGGAUUCAACCACUUUUUAAAAAGUUUUAGUUUAUCCCGUGGGUGGUGUCGGGUGUCUCUUGAUACUGAUGUCAGUCUAUGCACUAUGUCCCAACACGUGGACUCUACACAUGUUGGUUUAUGUAUGUUGCCUGCGUUUCAAGCUGAUUUUAUAAAGACAAGGAGCGAUGUGCUGCUCUGCUCGUAGUCGCCAAGUAGACUGACGGUAAAACUACGACGUACUGCUUGGUUUGCCAAAUGUAUUUUUUAUAUAACGAACUAUUUAAAGAGUGCGACAUGUUUUUGGUAGUGAGUUUUAUGUCUCGAGUAAGUUACAAUGUAGGACACGAACUUUGACUCGUGAGCAUUUUGGAAACUAUUUAUUGACGUCAGGAGUGAAUAUUCCUUUAACCACAUUUACUAGCAUAACUCGGUAACAAUACACACAUUGUACUCUUACCUCUGGAACUUUGGUGCUAAUGGUGUUCACAGCCAUCUGUCUGUCCUCAGAUAUUGUAUAAAUGCCAAAUUAAUCUAAAGAGAAAUGUUUUAAAAGGCUCAGUCCUUUGCAUUUUCACAAAUAGUUUCUCUUUGAACCCACAUACGAAGUAACUUUAAUACCUUGAAUGUUGAAAAUAUAAUAAACUAAAGAAUAGUUCAAGUUAGAGAAAAACUGCUGUCAACAAUAUAAAGUGCUUUAACUUUC